CCCGCACACCGACACCGCCAGCUCCGGCCCCGCCGCCGCCGCCGCCCGGACGCGUUUCCCCCCGCUCGCCCUUCCGGGCCCCGCUCCGCUUCCGGGUUGAGCCGGCCGGGGCCGCUCUGCGCCUCGUCUCGAUGGUGCGGUCCGCCCGGCCCCGGGAGUUAACAGCCUGUCUUUUUCGUGUGGUGGUGAGGUAAAGCCACGUGUUCCCAUGGGACUUUAAACUUCCAGGUGUGACAUUUCGUGCAGCCAGACGUAACGCGGUGUGCAGGCUCGCUUAAAAAUAUAAUCUGUUCAUGCAGUCAUGUCUGAAAAAGACAACGGUGAAAAUCUGGAAGAGGAAGCUUCUUACGAAAAUGAACAAAAAUCAGAAGAACUUGGCCACGCUGAGAGCAGCAAAGAGAAAGAGCAAGAGCCUGUGCCUAUGACUCGGAAAAGACCUGAACCCAAACCCCCACGUCAGUCUGCUGCCACAGAAAGGUCCACUGCUGACACCCUCAAGGCCUCAGAUUCUCCUUCCGCAGCUCAGACAGGAUGGGGGUACUGGGGAAGCUGGGGGAAAUCUCUUCUGUCAACUGCAUCUGCCACUGUAGCUACUGUAGGUCAAGGUAUUUCAAAUGUCAUAGAAAAAGCAGAAACAACCCUUGGGAUCCCCAGUCCUAGUGAAAUUUCUUCAGAGACCAGAGAUGCUACAAGAGGAAGUGAGAAUCCUGAUGAUAACAGCACAGAUGCAAUUGCUGAUGGCAGUCCCUUUCCUAUUGCUGGGGCUCUUGGUGUUUUAUCAACCAUCUCUACUGCUGUCCAAAGCACAGGGAAAAGUGUGAUUAGUGGAGGUCUAGAUGCCUUGGAAUUCAUCGGAAAAAAGACAAUGGAUGUGAUAGCUGAGGGAGACCCUGGAUUCAAAAAAACAAAGGGCCUAAUGAACAGAAACUCUACGUUAUCUCAGGUCUUACGAGAGGCAAAGGAGAAAGAAGAGCAGCAGACAGCUACUGAAGUUACCAUGGCUACGGAGAAGAAAGCCCAUUAUGGAUUACUGUUUGACGAGUUUCAGGGUCUUUCGCAUCUGGAGGCCUUAGAGAUGCUUUCCAGAGAGAGUGAAUCAAAGGUGAAAUUGGUUCUAAGUGCCCUCUCUGGCGAAGAGUUGGACACGCUGAAGGAGGAAAUGGAGCAACUCAAAGAAGCGUUUUCUUUAGCUGAAUUCUUUGAAGAAGAAGAGGAAGAAAAGAAGGGAGAUGAGGAGUUCACAAAGGAAGUAACAGAGCUGUUUUUGGAAUUGCAUAUCUCCACAAAGCCGGACAAACUGAUCAUGGUGAGGACAUCUGCUCAUGAAUGGAUAGCACAAUUCAAUAGUAGUCUUCCAAAAGAAGAAAAAGAGAGUGAAGAUGACCAAGAAGUAGAAGCUGGAGAUGGUGACCAUGAUGCUAAGAAAUCAGUAGAGGAUAUUCAUGCGUUUGCCAUUAGAAGCCUGGCAGAACUGACAGCAUACUCCAUUGAAAUGUUUCACAAAACUGCAGCUUUGUUCCUUCAUGGUCAGAAAGAAGAGGUGACUGCUACAGACAGAGCCAAGUCGCUUUCACAACUGACGAUUGUGCUGUGUAAAGAACUGUCAACUUUCUCUAAAGAGUUCACUACAUGCUUAACAGUUGCAGGGGUCAAAGAGAAAGCAGAUGUGCUUAAUCCCUUGAUCACUGGAGUGUUUUUGGAGGCUUCAAACAGUGCUUCAUAUAUCCAAGAUGCCUUCCAGCUUUUGCUGCCUGUACUGCAGAUCUCUCUUGUUGAGGCUAGAACGGAACCAUCACAGCAAUAAAAAUCCUUCUAAUUAAGAACUUUCGAUCUUCCCACUUCGUAUUUCCAUGCUGGAGAAUGAUGUAAUGGCUGAUAUUAAAGGGAAAAAGAUUAACUGAUCACUGCUACUGCAAGAACGGUGAUUAAGUGCAGUCUGGCAAUGACAGCUCUUAGAGCUCAUUGAGAGAUGUGAUUAGCGUAGUCCAGGCUGGUGGGCAACGUGACAGACGUUAAAAUGCAGUCUGCUUCCCUGUUUUCAUAGACUGUAUCUUUUCACUGAAAUCCCUGUGCUGUAUGUGUUAACAAGCUCUUUGGAGAAGCUCUCUGGACUGUGGAGACAAUGCUGAAGAAAAGAGCAGCAGCUGGCUAGUUAAAGAGUUAGCUAAAGUCAUGGUGUGAUUUUAAGUCAGACAUAAUUAGGCUCCUGAAAGCUCUGCAUUGAAAUGAACUUUGGAUUGGAGAUGCAAGAAAAGGCAAAUAUUUAUGAUUAUCACCCUUGCAAUUUCCAGGCUGGCUGGAAAGAAUAGAACGGAGAGGAUGCCUUACCGAGCUGCUGUUGCUGAAGAGAAGCCCCAGCUUCCUAAAGGUGUCUGCUAAAGACUCAGGGAUGUGGGACUGGGACUCUCACUAGGGUGCUGUUACUCACUCCUUUGCAGAAUGCUUGCUUCAGCAUGAGGUGGAAAAAUGCUGAUCUGGCCCUAAGAAUGUGGGUACUUUGCUUUAUAGCAAUAAAUGAGAACUGGCUAAAA